CCUAGGGUUCUUGCAGUUGCAGGAGGCUCGAUCCACCUGGGCCGUUCGAUGAAGAAUCAGACGGCUGGCCUCCUCCUCAUCUUUUGCUUAUCGCCGCACUACGUCACUCCCACUCUCCGCUCCCACUGCCUCUGAGGAGGCCGCGCCUGGAGCAAGCUGCACCUUCCAUCCUAAUGGCGGAGCGGGUCGCCAACUAGCAAUCAUCUCAACGGUGCAUCUCCGAGAACCGCUAUGUGCCCGUUUGUAGAGUUGGGAUUUUGAGGUUUUCAAUCGGAACUGAUGCGCUACUUAGUUUGGUGGUGAACGAUACAAUUGCUAAUUUGUGGUAGCUAUGUUGGUGUUUUCGAAGAGUAGAGCUGUGUCCCAUUGCCACGAGUUUUGUCCUAAGGAGAGGCCAGUGACGAUGCAUUCCUAGACGGGCGUUGGUUUGAUGACCUGAAAAGAGAGAGUUUAAAGGGUGAUGAUUUGGGGGCGCUGGGAAUGCCGCUGCUGGAACAGAGGAAGCAUGAGAUGAGUGAUCAAGAGAGGGACCUCAAUAUUUUCCGCAGCGGCUCAGCCCCACCAACCGUCGAGGGGUCCAUAAAUGCUGUGGGAGGGAUAUUGAGUCAGGAGGUCAGAGCCGGUGUGCUGGAUUUGUUGCAAUCGCAGAAUGGAAAUGAGCCAUCAUCUGAGGAGGAACUCCGAUCCCAUCCGGCUUACUUCUCUUAUUACUGCUCGCAUGUCAAUCUGAACCCUAGGCUUCCACCGCCGUUGCUCUCCAAAGAGGACUCAAGGUCGAUUCAUAGGCUUCAAGUUGGAAGAUCAGCUAGUGAGUGGUUUGGGAAUAGGAGGACAAUGAACCUGUGGGACGAAGGGGGCAGUGCCUCACUUUUGUCGCAGCAGCUAAUGCUCACUCCAGAGGAGCUUGCUGUCGACCCAAGGGAGGUCCCAGAAAAAAGGGAAUGGUUGGAUAACACAGAAGCAGGGUUGGUUCAGUAUUCACUGGGUCGACAAAAGAGCUUUGCUGAUGACCUUCAGGAUGACUUUGACUGUGAAGUGCCACCACAUUCACUAUGUCGUAACCAUGUGAAUGAUCUUGAAGUAUCAAGCUCUGUUGAUUCUCAUCUUGUUUUAAACAAUGAAAUCUCAACUUUAGCUGCACAAAAAUCUGUUGAAUACGUACAAAGCAUCAACGGACUUCCAAUGCCACAUAAUUUUGUAUCAGUUGGAAAUUCAUCGCUUGGCAAAAACACUGCUUCUGAUCCUCAGGUAGUUGCUAGGGUUGUUAGUCCUUCUCUUCCACCUAUAGGCCAGAGAAUUGGUCCCAAUGGUCAGAAGUGUAAAGACAUAUCAAGUUCUAUUGACUCUGAUAACCUUAUAGCUGCAUUAUCAAGUUUAAACUUAUCAACUAAUGGCACACUAAACAAUGGCAGUGUAUGUCAAUCAGAUCUUCGAAGUGAAUUGGAUGAUCACCAUAACUUUCUAUUUGGUUCGCUGUCAAUCCAAGAAAAUGUUAACAUGCGCACUAUGGAGAACAAUUUGGAUCCAUAUUCUUUAAAGGUCCACUCUCUUGCAGGUUCAUUCAAGUCUUCACUUGAUGCUGCUUCUGGACGUGUGGUGGAGGUCAGAGAUUCAGGUCCCAGAGCUAGUGAUUCAGUUGAACCAUGUAGGUCUACCAAAUCAACUGCCAAUUCAUAUGUGAAGUCACCUUCGUCAACUAUCGUUACUGGUCCUGAUAAUUCACUUUGCCAUUAUCAGAACUUUGAGAGUGUAAAUGCAUCCUUUGCAGGUAGUGGAUUCAGUACUUAUUCUGGUACCUCUGCAUUACCUUCAACGUUGCACAAUUAUAUUGACUCAAGAACUAUGCCCUCUGUAUUUGGAAAUUAUGCUUCUGCUUCAGGAGCAUUUCUUACAACAGAAUCCAGGGCUUCUGGAGGCAGUACUUAUGUAACACCAAGUUUAACUCCACUUGCAGAUUGGCAGAAUCAUAGUCUAAUUGGCAGUCAGUCUGCAGCAUCUGCUGUCCAUACACCUCUUAAUAACCCUCUCUACUUUGAGAACCUGAAAGCUGCUGAAUAUACUUCUCCAGUUGCUGCUAACUAUAGUGAUCCUCCAUUAAAGGCUUACCUUGAAUCAUAUUUUCAAUCACAGAAACAGUCUGGUUUCCCAAUGCUCGCAAAAUCUGGUUCACUUAAUGCUGGUUACUAUGCUAAUCCUACUUUUGGACUUGGCUUACCUUAUCCACAAAGCCCUUUAGCAGGACGGCUUGGUUCUCCGGUUGGACAUAAUAGCACACUUUGGUUUGGUGAUUGCUCUAUGCAAUUUCCUUAUGGCUUGAGAAACGAAAAAGGUAGCAGUAUAGGAUCAUGGAUUUUUAAUAAACUCCAGAACAUGGAGGAACACAUAGCAUCCUCACUGUUAGAGGAGUUCAAGAACAACAAAACAAGAUGCUUUGAGCUUGCUGAGAUUGCUGGCCAUGUUGUGGAAUUCAGUGCUGACCAAUAUGGGAGUCGUUUUAUACAACAGAAACUUGAAAUAGCUACAACUGAAGAGAAAAACAUGGUUUUCCAAGAAAUCAUGCCUCAUGCUAUAUCUUUGAUGUCGGAUGUAUUUGGCAAUUAUGUGGUGCAGAAGUUUCUUGAGCAUGGAUCUUCAGCUCAGAGAAGGGAACUGGCUAACAAACUUAAUGGGCAUGUAUUGGCUCUCAGCCUUCAAAUGUAUGGUUGCCGGGUAAUUCAAAAGGCCAUAGAAGUGGUUGAUUUGGAUCAAAAGAAAAAAAUAGUUUUGGAACUUGAUGGAAGUGUCAUUCGAUGUGUCCGUGACCAAAAUGGAAACCAUGUUAUUCAGAAAUGUAUCGAGUGUGUUCCGCAGGAUGUGAUUCAGUUUAUCAUAUCCACUUUUUAUGAUCAAGUUGUGGCAUUAUCUACACAUCCAUAUGGUUGUCGGGUUAUACAGAGAGUUCUGGAGUAUUGUGAUGACGUGAAAACCCAGCAUAUCGUGAUGGGAGAGAUUAUACAAUCUGUUUGUUUAUUGGUUCAAGACCAGUAUGGAAAUUAUGUUGUCCAGCAUGUUUUAGAGCAUGGCAAUCCUGAUGAGCGUUCUGCCAUCAUUAAGCAGUUGUCUGGAAAGAUAGUUCAGAUGAGUUUGCAGAAGUUUGCUUCAAAUGUUGUUGAAAAGUGUUUGACUUUUGGUAGUUUUGAGGAACGCCAGAUUUUGGUAAAUGAAAUGCUUGGUUCAACUGAUGAGAAUGAGCCUCUCCAGGCAAUGAUGAAAGAUCAGUUUGCUAACUACGUUAUACAGAAAGUGUUAGAGACCUGUGACAAUCAGCAGCGUGAGUUUAUAGUGUCACGAAUAAAAGACCACUUGAGUGCUCUGAAGAAAUAUACAUACGGAAAGCAUAUAGUUGCUCGUGUGGAGAAACUUGUUGCAGCUGGGGAAAGGAGGAUUGAAUUUCAGACCCCAAGCACCAGUCCAGUAGCACGAGAACCAACAUUGUACAGCUGAGGAUAGUUUGAGCUCCUGCCAUUUUGUAGGUUCUUACAGGGUUAAUAGACAGUACGAAUGUUUACCUGGGUACCAAAAGUUGUAAAUUCUCUAGGUAAGUAAGCUCUAAUUAGUUCAAAGAGAUGAUAAAGAGAGUGAUGACUGUAAAGAUGAUAAAGAGAGUGAUGACUGUAAAGAUGUUAAGAUGUGGAGAGUUGGUACAUUAGACAGAUUUAUCUUGUUUUAUUUGAUCAUGCAAUUUUUUGGUUAUGUAAUCUUUUUGGUUUA